AUGUCUUUAUCCGCCACCUCUCCACCCACACCACCACCUUUGGCUAAUGAAGAUAAAGGGUCAUUUGUAACAGCGAUAUUUUGGGUCGAGACCGGAAUCGCCAUUCUGUUCGUUUGUGGACGUUUCUACGCAAGAACGCUCAUCGGGGCGCUUGGCCUUGACGACUGGUCUAUGCUUCUAACUGUGACCCUCCUCAUCGCUACAAGCGCUGUGGUAACCAGCACGUCUAACCUUGGAGGCUUUCGACACUCUGCUUAUGUGCCGCCGGAGAACGCCACCCAAGUGAUUUUGAACACCUACAUCCUUCAAACAUUGACAACUUUUGCCUUCGGGACCAGCAAAUUCUCUAUAGGGUACAUGAUUCUACGACUGUUAUCGACCGGCUCCGUCAAGCGUAGACGGUUUAUUUGGGGACUGAUAAUAUUUGCCUGCAUCUAUAAUUGGGGAGAAACCCUCUCAAUAUGGUUUCAGUGCAUGCCUACAAGAGCGCUGUGGGAUUUCACCACCGCAGGGACUUGUUGGAGUCUUGAAGCAAAGUUAAUCAACAUAUACGUUGGCGGUACCUGGAAUAUCGUCAUUGAUUUCGUUCUUGCUCUGUUUCCUGCUACAUUUAUCUGGAAGCUGAAAAUGGCCCUGGGUCAACGAGUGUCUCUUUCUGUUCUUCUGGGUCUCAGUCUUCUAGCUGGCAUGUGCGGUAUCGCCAAGCUCACCUACGUACACUUGCUUAAGGACCUCUCCGACGUGACAUGGAAUAACAUUCCACUGGAGCUUUGGACAGGCUCAGAAGUUUUCGUGAUAAUUAUAUGUGGCAGCGUGCCGCCCUUGAAAGUCCUCUGGGAUCAGCUUGUCAAGAAGAUACGCCAGAUACGCCAUGUCCCAAUGAGAGCCAACACCUAUAGGCGUGCAGAAAAUGGUUAUAUUGAGAUGUCGGGCAAGCAUAGGAAUGAAGCCAGUCCGUUGAGCUCUACUACAGAGGAUGGUGGACCAAGAUGGAUGACUGCGACAACGGAAAUUCAGAUCACCAACGAGAGUGGGUAA